AGAAAGACAGAGCGAGCAAGAAUCUGUCCCUAUUCCUCAUAGAGACGGCCAUGGCCAUUCCUCCUAAAAAUGCUCUCUACUUCCUGCUGCUCGUCUCCAGCUUCAUCCUUGGCGCCAUGGCGGAUCUAGCCUUAUCAUGCCCUUCCCGCUGUGAAGUGGAGCUACAAUGGACCUUAUACGCGCGGCAGAUUGGGGGCGGAGCAAACGCGAACCAGGAAGAGAUGGUUCACUCCGUGCACCCCACCACAGGAUUUGGUACGAUCGUCGUCAACAACUGGGAUGUGCUCGACGCGCCUCUGCCUAACGCAGCCAUAGUUGCCCGUGCAAGAGGCACUCACACCAAGGCUGGCCCAGCCGCCGGUGACUGGUUCACUUCUCUCAGCAUAGUCUUCGAGGGAGCCAGGUUCAAUGGGUCGACCUUUCAAGUCAUGGGGAUCACCAAUACAGAUGGUCUGUGGGCUAUUGUUGGCGGUACCAAAGAAUUGUCUAGGGCAGAUGGCACCAUUAAACAUACUCUGUUAAGGGCGACGGCCCUUGAGAACUAUAGACAACUUGAUAUUCGUGCAUUCUAUACCCCGCCUGCGGUUAAUGCAAAUGGUAUUGCUGCCCAGUAA